GAUCUCACUCAGGCUUUGGGCCUUUAUGAUAUAUUAUUUAACACAACUGAAGUAGGACUGACGAUCGCCUCAUGUUUAAUAAGAUUUAAUCUUAUUAAAGUGAAUCUUCUGGACUCGAUAUAAAUCUCUAACAGCGUUUAUGAGAGUUAUUUCUGUUUGUUUCUAUUCCUGUGGUUCUCGUGUGUACAUCUAUAAUAAUAACAUGAUUAACGAUGAAGCCGAGUAAUUUACAAUCCGAGUUAGGCAAUCUUCAAUUAUAUUGAUAAAUAUCGAAAAACAAACCUUCCCAUACCGGGAGUCGAACCCGGGCCGCCUGGGUGAAAACCAGGAAUCCUAACCGCUAGACCAUAUGGGAGCCAUGCAACACUAGCGGCCUGAUGGCGUCUUAUAGUAACUAUAGAUCAGAAACCUGACCGUGUGAGUGCGAGACAUCAUUCUAUAGUUUUAAUGUUGUCUAUAAUUAUUGAGCAAUCAUUCACUACUGUAUUAUUCAGUCUUUCAGUUUUAGUUGAGCAUUUCCGAUCCUGCAUCGCAGUGAGUGACGUCAUCUCGCAGUGCCAGCAGUGAGCACUCAUCAGUGAGCAUGUAGAUGCCAGUAACGUUUAGGUACAUUUAAGCGAUUUGAAGUUUUCGUCCUUCAGCAUGGCUGAUUACUGGAAAUCACAGCCGAGGAAGUUCUGUCAGUACUGCAAAUGCUGGAUCGCGGAUAAUAAGCCCAGCAUCGAGUUCCACGAGAGAGGGAAGAAUCACAAAGAAAAUGUCGCGGCCAAAAUUUCAGAGGUAAGUUCUCAUGUCUCUACAGGUGAGAGUGUGGCUCCGUCAGAAGCUCCUGUUAAAAAGCAGAAAAAACCCAAGAAACUCAAAGCGAGCGUCCCGUCUGAGAGCAGCGGCGGCGGCCGGCCGGACGUCUGGCUGAGAGGAACCACAAACAAUGGCCUGCUGUAUUACUACAACACCGUCACUGGAGAGUCUCAGUGGGAGAAACCAGACGGGUUUGUGGAUGAGAGCUCGUCAUCAGCCGCAGGACAAGCGCAGGAUCUGUCAGGCGGUGCGUGGAUGGAGGCCGUGAGUUUUGAUGGAUACAUGUACUACUACAACACUGAGAGGGGCGAGUCCAUCUGGGAGAAACCAGAUGAUUUCAGUGCAGAGGAUGAUGUUGCUCCUCCUGGUGUUGAAUCUCCUCGUGAGGAGACGGGAGCAGCAGAAGAUCCGUCUCCUCCUCAGCCUGAGUCUGUGUCUGGAGCUGAAGACACAUCUGACCCUCCUAAAGACACUCCAGAACCAGACGAAACCAAACAAACCAGCCUCUUGAAGAUCAGUUUCAGGAAAAGUAAAGAAGAACUGGUCAAAACGUCAGCGGAUGAUGGAGAGAGAAGCUCGGAUGAUGGCGGAAGUGGUGAGGAGAAAUGGGAAGGUUCUGCCGUGACUGACACAGUGAAGAAGGACGAGACGCCUGUGAAGAGACCCAGAAAGACCAAUCCAUACGGAGCCUGGGAACAGAUCCAGCCGCAGGAGGAUCCAUACAAGAAGGUGGAUCUGCAGCUGCCGCAGGUGGAAAGCGUCGCUCAGACUCCAGCCGACGUCCCUCCGGAGCCCAGGGCCAGAUUCAGGGAGCGCACCAUCACGUCGCUGGGGGCCGAGAGCAGCGCCGGAGCCACGUUCAAGAAGAGGAAGACUGAGAACGGCAAGUCCAGGAGCCUCCGGCAGAGAGAAACAGACGAGUAGAAGCUUCUCCACGGGACGAUAGGACUGAGACGAGUCUUGCUUCAGAAUUUUUUUAUUUUAUAUAUUAUUGGCAGAUGACGUUUAAACUGCCUUUAGCUGCUUUAAAAUACAUUCUUGUGAAUAUUUCCAGGGAUCAGUUUUGUUUCCGGAUGUUUAAUCUGUCUGGUGUGAGCGAGUGUGUCGUGUGUGUUUUCACAAAAUACAACUUCUACUGACAGCUAUUAUAUGUAUAGCCAACUUCUGCUGGCGUGCAUGUACUCACAUGAAGUGAUUUAACGUAACAAGCAAAUCUCAACUGCUUGAUCAUUGUGCCUCCAAAUUAAAUACCAUUGUAUCAUCCAUAAAAAGGCAUAGAAAUAUAAACAUUAUGAGCAGCACAAAUAAAUCCGCCAGCUGACUCAUGAGGUUAGUCUUUA